AUGCUCUAAAAUAAUGAAAUUCGAAGAUUUAAGAGAAGAAUAUCAAGCUUUUUUUCAAUUUAUUUUAGAAUUUCUUUUCUAUUUCUUUUUUUUUGAUAAUAUUUUGUACUUAAUUUUAAAAAGCUCUAUGCUGCAAUCUAAUUUUAUUAGAUAUUUUUCAUUUAAUAUGAACCAGUUGAAUAUUUAACAUUAAGAAUAAAAGUAUACAGAGAAAAUUUUCUUUUAAUAAAAAAAAUGUUUUUAAUAAUAUUUUUAAUAGUAUUAAUAAUUAUUUUAUAUAAUUUAAAUAAAGAUUAUAAUUUAUUAGCUGGUUGUAGGCGUAUAAAAACUGUUAAUGGUUUACCCUUAUAUGGUGUUUAUCCAUCUUCAACUAUAUUUGGAAACAAUUUUGAUAUUUUCAAUUUAAAUGAAGAAAAGCUCUUUAAUAUGGUUCGACAGGAUGCCAAAAAUGCUAAAAGAAGUUACUUUAAAUAUAUAGUUGCAAAUCCUGUAUACGAGAUUAUAAAAGCUGAAGAUGCAGAAUUAGUUGUUAAUAACACUACAAUUAUAAGUAAAAGUCGUGGUUAUGAAUUCUUACAACCAUUCCUUGGAACUGGCCUCUUAACAAGUACACAUCAAAAAUGGCAUGCAAGAAGAAAAUUAUUAACACCAUCAUUUCAUUUUAAUAUUCUUCAAAAAUUUUUGGAAACGUUUAAGGACGAAAGCUAUAAAUUUAUAACCAAUAUUAAGAAUCAGCCCAGUGAUAUUGUCAAUUUAUCUGAUGUUAUACCAAAAUUUACUUUAAAUACAGUUUGUGAAACUGCACUUGGCGUUAAUUUAGAUGACAUUGGUAAAAGUGAGGAAUAUCGAAAAAAUAUAUCAGCAACAGAACGAUUUUUUAUGAUGCGAAUCUUUAACCCUAUAAAAUAUUUUGAUUUCUUGUAUGAAAUGUUUGAAGAAUGCAAAAUACAUCAGAAUGUUGUAAAUGAAUUACACAAAUUUUCCAGUACAAUUAUUAAGUUGAGAAGAAAUAUUUUUCAAAAUAAAAAUAAAAGUGUUGUUCCAGAUUCCACAAAAGCCUCAUCAAAAUCUGACGAUGAUAUAUAUUUUUUCAAAAAAGAAAGACGAGCAAUGUUGGAUACCCUUUUAGAAGCUGAAGAAAAGAAUUUAAUUGAUCAUCAAGGAAUUUGUGAGGAAGUUGAUACAUUUAUGUUUGAGGGUUUUGAUACAACAUCAGCUGGGUUAAUGUUUACAAUUUUGUGUUUAGCAACUUACCAAGAAGUCCAGGAAAAAUGCUAUGAAGAAAUUUUACAAUUACAAGAUGAUUUGUCCGAUUUACUUAUUACUGACAUCAAUAAUCUUCAAUAUUUGGAUUGUGUUAUAAAAGAAAGUUUAAGAUUAUAUCCUCCUGUACCAUUAAUUGCACGUAAAACUGAUCAUGAAGUCAUAAUGGAAAAUUAUAUUUUACCAAAAGGACUCAACAUUAAUAUCAAUAUAUAUGAUAUACACAGAGAUCCACAUUAUUUUCCAAAUCCUGAAGUAUUUGAUCCAAGUCGAUUUCUUCCAGAAAACUCAAUAAAACGACAUCCAUAUUCUUAUAUACCAUUUAGUGCUGGAGCCAGAAACUGUAUUGGACAAAAGUUUGCUCUUUUGGAAAUCAAAGUCUUGAUUAUUAAUUUAUUGAGAAACUACAAAUUAUAUCCGAAAACUAAAAUUGAUGAAAUAGUUUUUCAAUCUGGAUUAAUCCUCAGAAGUAAAUUUCCAAUUGAAGUUCGUUUGACGCCAAGAUAUAGCGGAACAUCUUUUGAAUUACACAGGAAUAUUAUAUUACACAGUAUUAACCGAAAAGGAUUCCUAAAAAAAAAGACAAUUUUUUCAAUUAAAAUGAUUUUAGUUACAAUUUUUUUAAUUAUAAUUGUAAUUAUAUUAUGGAAAUUGAAUAAAAAUUUCUAUUUAUUAGCUGCUUGUAGGCGAAUAAAAACUGUAAAUGGUGAUCUUUUGUAUGGUGUUUAUCCAUCAAAAACAAUUUUUGGUCACUCUUUUGAUUACAUUUUUAUGGAUGAAGCACAAUUAUUCCAAAUGAUUAGAAAUAAUGUUAGGAAUGCCAAAAGAAGUUAUUUUAGAUACGUAUUUGCAAAUCCUAUAUAUGAUGUUAAUACACCAGAAGACGUUGAAUUAAUACUUAAUAACACAACAGUAAUAACUAAAAGUCGAGCAUAUGAGUUUUUACACACGUUCUUGGGAACUGGUCUCUUAACAAGUACACAUGAAAAAUGGCAUUCUAGACGAAAAUUAUUGACUCCAUCCUUUCAUUUUAAUAUUCUACAAAGAUUUUUAGAAACAUUCAAAGAUGAAAGUAAAAAAUUUAUAACAAAUCUUAAAGCACAAACAACUGAAGAAACUAGUUUGUCGAAAAUUAUUCCGGAAUUUACAUUAAAUAGUAUUUGUGAGACAGCGCUUGGUGUUAAUUUAGAUGAUAUUGGGGAAAGUAAAAAAUAUCACAAAAAUAUAACAGCAACAGAAAAACUAUUUGUAAAACGAUUGAUUCACCCAUUAAAAUAUUUUGAUAUAACUUACAAAAUGUUUAAAGAAUAUCAAACUAAUUUAGACGUUGUUAAUGAAUUACAUAAAUUUUCAAGUACAAUAAUAAAUUUACGAAGAAAUAUUUUUCAAAAUAAAAAUGAUAAUUCGACAAAUUCAGAUGAUGACACUAGCAUUUUCAAAAAGAAAAGACGUGCAAUGUUAGAUACUCUUUUAGAAGCUGAAGAAAAAAAAUUAAUUGAUCAUGAAGGGAUUUGUGAGGAAGUUGAUACAUUUAUGUUCGAGGGUUUUGAUACAACGUCAGCUGGAUUAAUGUUUACAAUUUUAUGUUUAGCUACUUAUCAAGAAAUACAAGAAAAAUGUUAUGAAGACAUUUUACAAUUACCAGAUGACUUUUCUGAAUUAACAAUAGCAGAUUUAAAUAAUUUACAAUAUUUAGAAUGUGUUAUUAAAGAAAGUUUAAGACUUUAUCCUCCAGUACCAUUAAUUGCACGUAAAACCGAUCAUGAAGUUAUAAUAGGAGACCUUAUAUUACCAAAAGGACUAAAUAUAUUUAUUAAUAUUUAUGAUAUACAUAGAAAUUCACAUCAUUUUCCAAAUCCUGAAACAUUUGAUCCAGAUCGUUUUUUACCAGAAAACUCAAUUAAUCGACAUCCAUACGCUUAUAUACCAUUUAGUGCAGGAUCACGAAAUUGUAUUGGACAAAAAUUUGCAAUGCUGGAAAUGAAAAUAUUGCUUGCCAAUUUAUUAAAAAAUUAUAAAAUUUAUCCAAAAACAAAAAUUGAAGAUCUCGUUUUUGAAAUGGGUCUAAUUUUACGUUCUAGAUAUCCAAUAGAAGUUUAUGUUAAAUCAAGAUAACUAAAAAUUUAAAAAGAAAAAUAAAUUUUUAAUAAAUUUAAUAAUUAUAAUAAAAAAUUACUAAG